AUGUCUCAUGUCCCAUUUCAUGACAUCGAUAAGAAGUGGCAGCUGAGAUGGACGGAAGAUGCAAGUGCGCACCCGUCCACGGCGGCUCAGAAGAGCUAUGUGCUGCCCAUGUUCGCCUAUCCGUCAGGGUCGUUGCAUAUGGGACAUGUACGAGUCUACACCAUCUCGGAUGUCAUUGCCAGAUUCCGUCGCAUGAGCGGCUUUGACGUACUACAUCCCACGGGCUGGGACGCGUUUGGACUGCCGGCCGAAAAUGCGGCGAUAGAAAGAGGGCUUGAUCCUGCGGUCUGGACGGCAGAAAAUAUAUCAAAGAUGAAGGAGCAGCUGAAGACCAUGAACACCAGCUUUGAUUGGCAUGCUGAAAUAUCAACAUGUGACCCAAGCUUUUACAGACACACGCAGCGGCUCUUCCUUAUGCUGUUCAAUCGGGGUCUUGCAUACCAAGCAAAUGCGCUCGUAAAUUGGGACCCGGUGGACCAGACCGUUCUUGCCAAUGAACAAGUUGACAGCAAUGGGCGAUCGUGGCGAUCCGGCGCAAUCGUCCAGCAGAUCAACCUACGUCAGUGGUUCUUUCGCAUAACCGCCUUCCAAGAAGCCUUGCUGAAAGACCUCGACUUCCUCUCCAAGGGCGGGCGCUGGCCAGAGCGUGUGAUCUCGCAGCAGAAGAACUGGAUUGGCAAGUCCUCUGGUGCUCGAAUCCGAAUAGAUGUGAAGCAUGCCGAUGAUACCAUCAGUCAUCAUUAUGUCUUCACAACUCGGGCAGAUACUAUUUUCGGAGUCAAGUAUGUUGCAUUGUCGUUGAAUCAUGAGCUGUCGCAAGCAAGCAAGACAGGACUGCCAGCCUUACAAGUGUUGACCGAAGGUGACACUUCCAAAGAAAGUGGUUCGAAAGCCGGGGUCGAGCUGCCCUACAAAGCUCGCAUACCGUCUGUCUCGGCAGAGUACAACUUGCCUGUCUUUGCUGCGCCAUACGUGCUGGAUGGCUACGGUGAUGGAGCAGUAAUGGGCGUACCAGCUCACGACACCAGAGACCUCGAAUUCUGGCGACAACACCGCCCCACGGAGGAGAUACCGCUUGUCAUUCAGCCUCUUGGUUACACAGCCAAAAGAUUGUAUGUUGCACCUGAUGAGGUGCCAGAGGCUUUCACUGAGCCCGGCACGCUCACUGAGCUGUGUGGAAAGUACGCCGGACUCGACAGCACCACAGCUGCUCGGCAGGUUGUGGAAGAUCUAAGCUCUCAGGGUGAAGAUCCGCACAAACAUGCCGCCCUGGUCGAGAACUGGCGAUUGCGAGACUGGCUUGUAUCACGACAGAGAUAUUGGGGAACUCCCAUACCAAUCAUUCAUUGCAAAGACUGUGGCGCCGUGCCCGUGCCCGAGCAAGACCUGCCGGUGGAGCUGCCAGUACUGGAUGCUUCAAUGAAGGGUCAGCGAGGCAAUCCUCUGGAGAAGAUUGAGGACUGGGUCAACGUACCGUGUCCGACAUGUGGUGGCCCUGCAAAGCGAGAAACAGACACGAUGGAUACAUUUGUCGAUUCAUCGUGGUACUACGGCCGAUUUGUCGAUCCGCACAACACUGAGGAGCUCUUCUCGAAGGGCUCCGCAGUAAAGUUGCUCCCUGUCGACACAUAUAUUGGCGGAGUCGAGCAUGCAAUUCUGCAUCUUCUUUAUGCUCGCUUCAUCUACAAGUUUCUUUGCAGCGAGGGACUGAUUCCAGGCCAGGAACGAGCCAUCGAACCUUUCCAACAACUCAUUGCUCAGGGCAUGGUCCACGGAAAGACGUUCUCCGACCCAAAUUCUGGACGCUUCCUGCGCCCUCACGAGAUCACAGAAUCGGACUCGGGCCGACCUAUGAUCAACGGCACGGAAGAUGUGGCUAACGUGACCUGGGAAAAGAUGUCGAAGAGUAAGCACAACGGGGUCGACCCAUCCAUCUGUAUCAGGAAGUACGGAGCAGACGCAACGCGGGCGCACAUACUGUUCACGGCUCCGGUGAGCGAGAUCCUGCAAUGGGACGAAGAGAAAAUUGUUGGUAUGCAGAGGUGGUUUCAUCGGCUUGAAAAGCUUGUACAUCACCCAAGCAUUCUGCUGUCUGCACUUGGCAGCAACAGCAUUGAGCGACUCGACCCAGCAGAUGAUGUCCAGGCGCUAAGCAGCGAAGAUGCGUCUGUCGUACUGCUGACACACGCCACAGUCCAAAGUGUGACGAACACCUUCACUUCAGACAUCUACAGUCUCAACACUGUAAUCUCUGAUCUGAUCAAACUCACAAACGGCAUCUCCGGUGCCACGCUGGAGGGGCUUAACCAGAGAGUAGCCAACAUUGCAGUAUAUGCACUCAUGCGCAUGACAGCACCCAUCGCUCCGGCAUUCAUCGAGGAGUUGUGGGAGCAAAAUUGCCUGCGAGGAGACGUCCCCCACAAGAGCAUCUUUUCCCUCACCUGGCCUGCCUCGGUUAUGACCUCAGCGCAAGAGGAAGAGCUCAAGGGCUCAGGGACGAUGCCCUGCACUGUGCAGAUCAACGGGCGGAAAAGGUUCACUACUCAGAUCCCGAGGCCCAGCCCGCAGGAGAGCAAGCGGACAAAGCCUUCAAAGGCACGGAUCACGGCUGUGAUGGACACGGUGCUCAAAACAGAAGACGGUCAACAUUGGUUGAGACACAAGAAUAACUGGACUGGUGAACAGAGGGUGAUACUUGUUGCCGGCGGGAAGAUUCUCAAUGUUGUUUUCUAG